AUGUUCCGCCUCAUGAGGGAUGCGGAGCCGGAGGACCCCCUCUUCGCCAUGGACCCUUUCGCUAUCCACCGGCAGCAUAUGAACCGCAUGUUUUCUGGAAGUUUUGGCUUCGGCCCGCUGCUUGGCAUCACGGAUGGGACCACACCUGGGGCGCGCCAGGCUGGCCGUAGGAUGCAGGCAGGAGCUGUUUCACCCUUUGGGAUGCUGGGCAUGGCAGGUGGCUUUAUGGAUAUGUUUGGCAUGAUGAAUGACAUGAUUGGGAACAUGGAACAUAUGACAAAUGGUGCUAACUGCCAGACGUUUACCUCCUCGACUGUCAUCUCCUAUUCCAACCUGGGUGAUGGGCCCAAAGUCUAUCAAGAGACCUCAGAGAUGCGUUCAGCACCUGGCGGGAUCCGUGAGACUAGACGGACUGUAAGGGACUCAGACAGUGGCUUGGAACAAAUGUCUAUUGGGCACCACAUCAGGGAGAGAGCCCACAUCAUGCAGCGAUCCCGGAACCAUCGCACAGGUGACCAGGAAGAACGGCAGGACUACAUCAACAUGGACGAAAGUGACGCAGCUGCAUUUGACGAUGAGUGGAGGCGAGAGACCUCCCGCUUCCGGCCACAGCGGGGCCUGGAAUACCGACGUCACGAAGGCACCGGUGGCCACCGGGCCGAAGGGACUCGUCUCGCCAUCCAGGGCCCUGAGGAUUCUCCCUCCAGACAGUCCCGUCGGUAUGACUGGUGAACCCGGAGCAGACCUUGUGGGGGGUGCAGCGUGGUCACCCCCAAAUCUAUCUACACACUAUUGUAAGUCUUAGCAAGGUUUGAUUUCUUUCCUCUUUUCCACCUUCCACUGCACGGUUGCUUCUUAGCCGUAUGGACUUUCUUCUCGUUGCCCCGAUCCUGCAGUAUUUUGAAGUGUUGGGUGGAAGUGUGUUUUCCCAAAUAUUGUAAGAGCAGGGGAAGGUGGGAGUUUAGAGAAAAUAAUGUUCUGAAUGGAAAAGUGGAAGCUGUCGAAGUUAGUAUAGUCAUCAAGAAAAAAGCAUGCUGUCAGCCAAAAGUGAUGGUUGAAAUGGUAUGAGAUCAUGUAGGACCGCACUCUAUACGGCAUUUAUAUUGUCACUGUGUGGAACGUUUACUGUCAAAAACAGGCUGAAAUACAAAUAAGUGCUAAUGUCUGUCGUCCUGUGUUUUGAGGGUUCUCUAGGAUAUGAUCUAGUGCUUGAAAAUCAGUAUUUGUUUUUGAUCUUUAACCAUCAAGUUUAAGAUUGUCUUUAUCUGUCUUCUGUGCUGCUUUCUAAUCACCACUUACUCUUUUUAUGUUCUCUCUUUGUUUCCCUUCCUCCCAGGUACAGACAGUGAAACUCUGAAGCCCCUUCAAAGCUCCACUUGGACCCUCCUCAAAUUUAGUAUUAACCUCCUUCCCACUUAUGAAUUGAAACAAAGCAACUAAUCUUCUGCGUUGUUCUUUUUUGCCCCACUUGGGUGCUGCAGUGGGUCACGGAGAAUCUCACUGAUGUGCAAGGAACGUGUUAAUUGCCCAUUCCCUUUCUGCUCUCCUUUGGUUCUUUUCUGCCAGUAGUGGUGGGCAUGAGGAGCUGCCACCUUGCCUCUUCCGUCUUUUCCACUCUUCCUGUGCUGGGUUGGGCUGGUUCUGGAGUUUGUGUUUAGUCCCCUGUGAAAGAAAGAUGAGGGAAUCCUGCUAGACCCCUGCGUUAGUCCCCUCACUGGGACAAAGGCUUCUAUUCCCCUCCUGGUCCUUGGUGCAGCUGUGGAGAAGCAGAAGGAUAUGUGUUUUAGAGAGGUGAGGAGCAGAACAAAAGCUGGAUAACCUGUGGGCCCCCCAACCUUUCUUCAAUUGGCUCCCCCACUUUUUUAAUUUGUGGAACUUGUAACUAGAUGUUUACUGAAUAAAGAAACAAGCUAAAGAA